CGACACUUCCUGCUGCUUUCCGUCACAACACUGCACCCUCCGCAGAUGAAACAUGAGAGGUCAAAAGUUAUGAUUUUCACCUUUAAAAACCGCUGGACUUAAUCUACAGAGAUGGCCAGUUCAGUGGUGGCUGUGGGACUGGCUCUGGCGGCAGCAGGAUUUGCAGGACGUUAUGCCAUGCAGGCCAUUAAACAGGUGGAGCCUCAAAUGAAACAGGCUCUGAAAAGUUUCCCCACUUCGGCUUUUGGUGGAGGCUACUACAGAGGAGGGUUUGAGCCAAAGAUGACGAAGAGAGAAGCUGCCUUAGUUUUAGGGAUCAGCCCAACAGCUAAUAAGAAUAAAAUCAGGGAAGCUCACAGAAAACUGAUGAUCCUAAACCACCCAGACCGAGGGGGGUCGCCGUACCUCGCAGCAAAAAUAAACGAAGCCAAGGACCUGAUGGACGACCAGACCAAGAAGUGAUCCUCAUGAUUCUGCUUUGGAACUUCAACAAAGACAUUUUCUACACAGUGUACAAAGUGUUCACAGCCCUUAAUCUGUUGUAAUAUAAUCACGUUUAAUAAAUGAAAGAUGUGGAAAUGGAUUCAAAA